GGGGGGUCACGUGACCGCGUGAAAGCGGAAGUGCCGCUCGCGUUGGAAGCUUCCAUUUGCCGCCUUCCGUCCGCGUCGUGCGGUGCUGCGCGGAGCCGCCGGGACGAUGUGGGACGGGGCGUUGUUCUUCGCCGCGCUCGUCAUCUGCUGCUUCCUCAUCUUUCUCACCGUCUACUUCAUCAUUACCCUGUCCGACCUAGAAUGCGACUACCUGAAUGCUACAGCCUGCUGCUCCAGGCUCAACAAGUGGGUGCUACCGGACUUGCUGGCUCAUGCAAUCAUCACCGUGCUCAUGCUGGUUACGAUGCACUGGCUCAUCUUCCUCUAUAACCUUCCCUUGGCAAUGUGGAACAUUUACAGGUAUCUCAACAUUCCAAGUGGAAACAUGGGUCUGUAUGACCCAACAGAAAUCCACAACCGUGGACAACUCAAAUCCAGCAUGAAGGAGGCUAUGGUGAAGCUGGGUUAUCAGCUGGUCAGCUUUUUCAUCUAUUUAUACAGGUAUAGUUCAUAUUCUGCAAGCACCGUGAACAUUUAUACAUUAACGUAUGGAUAUAGUAGAUUUUGUAUGCUUUUUUAUUAGUGUCAGCAUGUGUGCAUGUGCCACAUCCUUCUUUUAAUAUUGAAAUGGGUUAUGGUUUGUAUUCACCUAUGUAUUGUUUUUCAUGCAAGUAGACGAGUGGCUUUUCAAAUAACUGUUGUGGACAAACCUUUCAACAGCAGUUGUUUAUUUGGCUAAUAUACACAGUAAAGACUGACAGGCCCACUGUAAAUUGACCUAGACAUAUCAGUUUGGAUCUGUUUCUGGCUACUUGUAUUAUUUCAUAAAAUGUAAAUGCUAUUGGCCCUGUUCCAGAUAUUGCUUUCUAAUGUGACUUGUCUUUAAUUUGCAGCAUGAUCCUUACAUUGGUCAGCGAAUGAAAUGGAAAAAUGACAAGACCAAGAUGAAGAAAAAUUAAGUUUGUGGUGAAUGACACUAUCCACUUUUUUCCCCAAAGCGCACUCCGUGUUUCCACAAUUUCUGGUCCACAAGCAAUGUUCAAUUGGUCUGCCAAGGCAGGUGGCCCGAGACCCAACAGCAAGGUCAGGAUUGAGUGUACUAAUACAAAGAGUGGUUCAAAAACCUCAGGAUGUUUAUCUGAACGUCAGAUACCCAAUAAUAAGUCUGCCAUCUGCAGUUGGAGAGGUGUGAACAUUCCAAGGGAAUCAGAUGCAGCAGGGGCUUGAGUUACAAGACAUCACAACAAGCUGCACCUCUUCUGGGUUGUGAAUGGUGAAGCUGUUGCUCCCCCUCAGUUUGUGGUUUACAAAUGCUGUACAGAAAAUAGGCGGUAUUGUUGCAGUAAUCAUAAAAUGAAUGAAUGUUUUGAGGCUGCCUAGUGCCAUCUUCUGUAUUUUAAACAUUUUAAAAUUUCCAUAAUACUUUUGGUUUGACACUGCAGUUGAUUUAAUGUUGUGAUUUUGUACAAUUGGUCAAGUGGUUAUACAAUUAAAACUGGAAAUGUUCUA